UCAACGGCUGCACAGGCAGAGCCGGAACAGCCGCCCCCAUCGAGGUGCUGCCUAUGCUGGGAGCUGCCCCAUGGCCAAGGAGAGGACCACGGUGAUGCCCACCCCGCUGCUCAUCGCCUUCAUCCUCUGCCUCGCCACCUGCAUACUGCGGGGUCAAGCCCCGCCAGAGCAGGAGAAGACGGAGGGACACAUGGGCAUCCUGGAGGAGUUGCUGCAGCAGGGCUGCGGCAGCGCCCACCACGCCAGGGAGAGGUUAAAUCAGCUGGAGACGAACCCGACCCCCUGGAAGAAACACAACUUCACGGGCAGGAUGAUUGAGACCUAUGUGUUCAAGUUCAGAACAGAGCAAUUCAGAGGGUUAAACCUCAGCAGCGGCAUGGAUGAGAAGCCGGGCGGUGUCAGGAGGUUCAGGCACGCCAUGAACUUCCCGGUGGAGCUUGUGAAGGGCAACCAGGCACAGGGAGUAGAGCAGGAGCUCGUCUGCAUCUACAUCCACAGCCCCUGCAUCUUCCAGGACGCCCGCAACAGCUCCGUGCUGAACAAUGAUGUGGUGGGAGCCUUCCUGCGGAGCGGGCGCGUGGCCGGGCUCAGCCGCCCUGUGAAGAUCCAGUUCUGGCACGACACAGUGCUGGAUGCCUCCAAUGCCACCUGCGUCUUCUGGGAGCCUGGAGCUGGCAUGGGCAGCACUGGCAGCUGGAGCAGGGAGGGCUGCGAGACCACACACGGGGAGGGCACCGUUAUCUGCCGCUGCAACCAUCUCACCUACUUCGCCGUUCUGCUGCUCCCGGUGGGUGCCCUGACCCCAGCCCAGCUGGCAUCGCUCACCCACAUCACCACUGUUGGCUGCUCCCUCUCGGCCACCGCCACCCUCUGCACCCUCCUGCUCUGCUGUUUCUCCAGGCAGUGGCUGAGGGACAACACGACCAGGAUCCACAUGCACCUCCUGGCCGCGCUGCUCCUGCUCAACUGCAGCUUCCUGCUGAGCGCGCCGCUGGCUGCCGGCGCCGAGGGGCUCUGCCAGGCCGUGGCUGCCCUGCUGCAUGCCAGCCUUCUCUGCGCCCUGGCGUGGAUGGCCGCUGAGGCCUUCCACCUUCUCCUCCUCCUCGUCAAGGUCUACAACAUCUACAUCCAGCGCUACCUCCUCAAGCUCUCCCUCUUCGCUUGGGGUCUGCCCGUGCUGGCCGUGGCGGCUGUUUUUGUCUUCAAGAGAGAUACGUAUGGGUACCACACCAUCAGCACCUCUGGGGACUACAGGAACACGACUAUGUGCUGGCUCACCAGCUCGCCGGCCCAUUACGCCACCCUCUGCUAUGCUGGCCUCAUCCUGCUCUUCAACACGCUGGUGCUGGGGAGGGUGGCGGUGAUACUGCGGAGGAUCAGGCAGCAGAAGGGGCAGGCGUGGAAGGACUGGGCGACAGUGCUGGGGCUCACCUGCCUGCUGGGCACCACCUGGGGCUUGGCCUUCUUCAGGUCUCUUUGUCUGCCUCUGGUACGUCAUCGUGCACCGCCGGAGCAAGCCGGGCUCUGGCAGCAACACCUCCAGAUAACGCGCCCCGAUGCCGGGGUGAGGGGCUGCGAGGGGAGCUCAGGAGUUGCUCCCUGCGGACGUGGCGUGGUGGCGGCCCCCCGGGGAGAGACAGCCGGCGCUACAGACACCACGGGUUUCUUCGAAAGGAAGAAUUUGGGCUGCCCCUCCAUUAGUAACCGACACUGACUUAUUUUGCUGAAGGUGGUCACUUCUCAUUAAAAGCACCUUUUAAUUGCUGACGCAGGUCUCCCCCACUGCCGGAGGAGCGGCGCGGCUCUGCCCCGGGGUCCCACAGCUGCCCCGUCACCCCCGGCCCCACAGCGGGCAGAGCCAGCAGCCACCCUCCACCGUGUCGUUAGUGACGGUCCCACUAGAUGGCAUGAGGAUUUCGAAGAUGGUCCCAGCUCUGGACUGUGCACAGUGUGCACAGUGGUAGGGCUGGAUGGCGGUGCUGUUUAGCAGUGCUGGUUACCGGUGCUGGUUACCGGUGUGGAGGAGCCGCCUGAUAGCCAGGAGGGGACAUCCGAGCCCCCUCGGGGAGCUGCCACCAGAGCAUUGCAUGUGGCACAGGCAGAAGCAGGGUCUCCCUGGCUACGUCCCAUCCCCCCCCAGCCCAUUUGGUGCCGGCACGGCCAUGGUCUGGUGAGCGUGGCUGAAAGCUGCGGCACCCCCAAGCUCCCCCUUACCCCAGGUUUUCACCCGCGACAGCACCCCACCGAAAGCCCUCCCGCUCUUCCCAAAGAUGGAGAUGGAGGCCACCUGCAGCCCCGGGUCGGCAGGCAAACAGGCAAGCAGGGCUUCGGCUUGGCAUCGGGCGGACAUGCUGGAGUGGAGGAGAGGGUGGGAAGUGAGUACGUGAACCGAUAAUUUGGCUUUCCUCCCGCUCCAGCUCAGGAAGGCAGACCCUGAGCAGAGCUCCUCAGCACGACCAAGCGGUUUAUCGGGGUUUGAGCCGCCCAGUCUGUGGGAAAAUAAAUAGCGAGGCCAAAUUGCAGGGACUAAAACCGUCGGUCGGAGGUGGCGAGUCAGCCCUGAGCCCUCGCUGCGUCCCCGUACACCCACGGUUUCGCCUUUCCUGGUGCCCGAGAUUUUGGAGCCGGGCAUCCCAUCCUGCCCGCUGGGAUACAGAGCAGCACCGGUGAUGCCGGCAUGACCGUGAAUCCUCCUGGAGGGGGGGCAGAGCGGGGUGCCCACCAUCUCCAUGCUUGCAGCUCGCGGGGUGUGCCGGCGAGGUGCCAUUUGCCGGCGCUGCCCGUUUCUGGUCUGGUGGCAGGGGACCGGGCAUCAACAGGCAGACUGGUGGGGUGACGCGCUGCCCGUCUCUGCGUCUCUGUGCCGCUCCGCCGAGUGGCAUUUCCAUUCCUGGCGGCUUCCCGGGGCCCGGUUCUGGGCAGCAAAGGAAGCCGCUUGGCUCUUGUUCUUUGUUACGUGCACAAAGGGCAGCCAGCGCCGCGGAGUUUCCAUCUCUCCCCAGGACAAAAGCCCGUCCUGCCAGGGCCGUGCCCCGCCGCCUGCCAGCCCGCUGGGCCCCACCGGACCCCCAUUUUGCGGGCGCGUUCCCACCGCGUGACGAUGAGCUGUGCAUGGCUCACCGCUCCGGCGGCUGACUUUGGCUAUUGAAAUAAGAAGCCCGGGGGUUUGGUGAGGUGCCAAGCGCCCGGCUUGCCCCCCGUGAGCCCCGCCAUGGGAGAGUCACAUCCCAGCUGCGCUGGCUCCGUACUCCCGGCUGCUCUCAGGACGUACUUUCCAUGCUCCUUCCU